AUGACGCCUGAGGAAGCUUGGAGUGGAAGGAAGGCAACAACAGAUCACUUCAAAGUGUUUGGGUGCAUAGCAUAUGCACAUAUUCCAGAUGUGAAGAGGAAGAAGCUUGAUGAAAAUGGUGAGAAAUGCAUCUUUCUUAGGGUGAAUGAACACUCAAAAGCAUACAAAUUGUUCAACCCUAUUACUAAAAAGGUGGUUACCAGCCGAGAUGUGGUCUUUGAUGAAGCUAAGAUGCGGGAUUGGAAUAGAAAAGUCAAAGAACAACAACUAAUUCCAAUUGAUUUUGAAGAUGCAGAAAAUAGGACUGAACAGCAGAUGCAAUCCUUAGAUGAACACUUGCCCAUUUCUUCAACAAUUCCACUGGAAAAUGAGCAACCACCUGAAAACCAACAUUCGGAUCCUAUCUCCUUUGAAGAGGCAGUCAAAGAUACAAAAUGGCAAAUGGCAAUGGAGGCUGAAAUCAAUUCUAUUGAGAAGAAUCAUACAUGGGAGCUGACUGAUUUGCCUAAGGGUCAUAAAACUAUUGGAGUGAAGUGGGUGUUUAAAACCAAAUUGAAUGAGAAAGGUGAAAUAGGCAAGCACAAGGCUCAUUUGGUGGCUAAGGGAUAG